CGCCCGGCUCGGCUUCUGUGGGGCGGCCCGGUCUGACGGGUCUCCGGGCCGCGGAGGCGGCGUCGGCUUGGGACCCCGCAGCCCUGGCCUGUGCACGGAAGGCAGGAGGGUCAGCCCGGCCAGGCCGCGGGGUCGCUGGUGGACCCCCGAGGGCAGGUCCCUGCCGACCCUGCUCCAUCAGGGCCCUUGGCGGCGAACCCGGGACGCAGAGGGGUCGGAGAGUGUCCGCAGGGCGCUCCCGGGCCCGCGGGAGAGGUGGCCCCUCGGCUCCAGCCAGGCCGACUGCCCCGGUGGGGAGGGGUCUGGCCUGCCCGAGGCUCCCCGGGACAAAGCCCUGGGCUCUCUGUCCGAGCUCCUUCCCCCGCCCUUCCUCCGCCCUCAGGUCUGCCCUGGAGCCCGGCGGCCCCCGCCUCCCGCCAGCGGUGCAGUGGGAUUCCAAGCUUCAGUUUGCCCUCCACUCUCCAGCUCUUUUGGCCUCCUGCUGUCCCAGCCGGUAGAACCCGGCCACGCGGGCAGCCAUGGCCCAUCGAAGGCUCAGGGCGGGCUGUGUGGGUCAGCAGUGCUCUGAGCCUGUUCUGCCCCAGCCACACAGCCAUGGGGCUGGGGGGCAGGUGCCCCUCCACUCGCUGGGAGCAAGAAGGCCCUACCUGAACAAGAGUUGAAGGUCUGAAUGAAUGAUGGAAAAAAUACAGAUGGGGUGGGGAGCAAAGGCUGGAGGGCCAGGUCUUGUGGGUUAGGUCUAGGGCCUCAUUUUUAUCCUGGGGGCUUUGGGAACAAUCGUCGUUGUUAGGGGAAUGUCUUCGUGGCUCCACAAGGUGGCCCAGGUGGUGGGCAAGAAGGUGUGGAGAUGGGCUGGGGGGAAGGUGAGGCUUCCCAGAGGUGAACAUCAGCCACUGAGGGUAAAGAGCCUGUAGGAAGGCUCAGAAGGGUACCUCUGCUGGUUAGGGUUCAGCACAGUCCCUACCCCAGCUUCCCCCUGCCCCCCCCAGUCCACCAUGCUAGGUCCACAUUCCCAGAAGUGCUGUGCUGCCGACCUGUGGACACACCCCACACUCAGUGCACCCUCGCAGGGCAGCAAUGCCCCCAAUAUCCAUUGAUCCCCAAGUCAGGCUGGGAAGGGGCUGUGGGAGGCUCUCCCAGAGUAGGGCUGAGUGGGAGGCCAUGGCAGGCCCUGCUGGUCACUCUGGUCCCCUUAGCCUGCUCAGGUUAGCUGGGCAGCAGCUUAGCCUCUCACAGUUUCUUCUUAGGUUGGGCUGGGAUCUCCCUGGAAGCUCCUGGUAACAAACAGCCCCUCCCUUUAUGGGUGCUAGUAUCCAUGACAACAGAUAGAGCCCCUCCCUCCCCAGGCUUGCUUGGAGCUCAGGCCUUAGGUGAGUGUUGGGGGUGGGGGCCUGGGUCUGGAGGGGGAUAGAGGAGUCACAGCAAAGGGCCAGCACGCUCUCUGAGAACCCUUGCUGUAGGCUGAGGGCCAGGACCUCAGGUCCUUGGGGUGAGUAUGACGGGGAACAGAGACAGCAGGGAAUAUGCUGACACAGGUGUGGAAACCCACAUGACGAGCCGUCUGGUGUCCUGUUGGGUAGACACACACAUGGCCUCAUCAGAGAGUGACACCCUGGAAAGCUCAGGGCAGAUUUGGCCUCACCACUCCUCCUAGCUCCCCAAGAAAAUCCAGAAUGGCUCCCAAGUUCCAUCAGGACGCUGAGGAGGCUGAGGAAGAGAUGCUGUCAUCUCUGGUGGACAGAGAGCAAGUCCAUGGUGGCCUGGGGUCUCCAGCCGGAGCAGUGGUAAAUCCCGUGGCUCCCACAGGCCAGCAGGGCACCAAGCCCCAGUCCUCACAAAUCUUCCCCGUCAACUUGAGGGGGUGCUGGCCUUACAGGGCAGCCCCUGAGUCCUUGGAUCCCCGCACCCUGCGGCUGCUGUGGGGACAGAGGGAGCUGGAGAUCCAGGCCCUGCGGUGGGCUGUCCAGGGCAGCCGGGAUGGUCGGUACUACCGCAUCCUGCAGGAGGUGGCUGGGCUCCCCCCAGAGAGGUCAGGAGUGAAUCAGGAAAAGUUCCUGCAGAACCAGGUGCAGAAGCUGACCCUGGAGCUGAAGGAGCAGAAGAAACAAGCCCGGCUGGAGAAAGAGCAACUGGAGCAGCAGCUGCUGCAGACCUUGGAAACGGUGCGGCAGCUGGAGGUGGAGCUGCAGACCUUCCAGAAGUCCUGCCUCCUGCAGCUAGCCCGCUCCUCCUGGGUGGGCCGCAUACUGCGGUCUCAGACUGGCAGUGUGGAGGUGGUGACAGCAGAGACGCUGAUGGAUCCUAGUGACUCCUCCGAGAAUGAGCUGGUCCCCGCUGGGGAGGGUUUCCAGUUGAAGGAUGUGGACUGGAACAGUGUUGCCCAGCGGUACCCCAACCUGUUCACGGAAGCCGUCCUGUUGGAGCACAAGCAGCCACGGCCCCCACCACAGCCACCGCUGAACGAAUGGGACUCUGAAUCCCGCCCAGAGCGCACGGACGGUCACACCAAGAGCGUCGAAUGGAGCAUCUUGCCCUUUGGCUCCAGCAGCUCAGGGGCCACAGACUCUGACACCAGAAGCUCCCAGCUGUCCAUUCCCUCCCGUGUGCAGAAGGUGACAGGGCACCCGCCUGGGGAGUCAAGCUGCUUCUCCUUCCAACCGACCAAGGGACAGGAGAAGACCCUCAGCGCAGAUAGACAGGCGGUACUUGUAGGUGCAGCAGAUCUCCGGAAAACCCUUGCAGAGGAACCCGAGCAGACCGUCCUGCUGCCCAAGGCCAGCGAAGACUCCAGUCACCAGCCUCACAGGUACCGCUCGAGACUGACAGGCUCCUGCCUGAAGAUCGUGGCCGUGAGCCGCCGCGAGAAGUUCGUCCGCGUUCUUAAUCAGUCGUUGGAGGAGACGGCCUACUUGGGCGGCUUCGUGCUGCAGCAGUUUGUGCGCGGCUUCCCGGUGUGCAUGUACCGCUUCCCGUCCGGCACGCUGCUGGAGCCGCGCCACCAUAUCACGGUGUGGGGCGAAGGGACCAGCCGCACCAAGAAGCACCCGCCCGCGUCUUUAGGCCGGGAGUCUGUUAACUUCCACUCCAGCCUUGGCUACGUGACCCUCCUCCUGAACCCCAAGGGCGAGGUCCUCAGCGAGUACCAGGCGCCACACUGUGUGACUCCAGUCUCGAGGAACUUCUCCGACAACAGCGAUUUAUCCAUCGACCGCUUCCCGCUCUCGGAGGCCCCGCCGGGCUCCGACACCGGCGAGCUGCAGCGCGGGUCUCGGUCCCCCUGCAAGGGCCGGGCGCGAGGGUCCAGGGCAGACCGCGGGAGGCAGAGGUGGGGACGGACGCGGGUCUUCUUGCCGCUUCUGAGCUCCAACAAGCUCUUCCACCGGCGGGAGGGGCCGGGGCGGCUGGAGGGGGCCGAGGCCGAGGCCCUGGAGCCCCUGCCCGCAAUCCCCGAGACCAGGCCGGGCUUCGACAACCAGGCCAAGAAGAAGCACACAGUCCAGGUGUGCCGGAAAGGCGUGGACCGGAAUUGCCCCAUGGUGGCCUUGUCGGUGCAGACCACCGCGGAGAGCAGAUACGGUUUCCGCUUCCUGAGCUGCCCGCCCAUCACCGUGGACGCGUGUGGGCGGGUGUGAGCGCCCGCGCGCGGGGAUCGAUGGAUCGACGGGCUGGCGGGCAAUACAUUCGCCUGCGUUCACCCCGCA